GUCAUGUGUACGUCUACUUGGAAUCUCAGUCAAUAUCAUGAGAAUGUGCCCGGAUCUGGAUUUCUGUAUCAUUAUUAUACUCCUAUUAUUAUCACAACUUGUUUUUUUAUUUGUCUUACUAAUCAAUCACAAGCUACUUAUUACGACUAGUCUUCAUCAUGACACAAGAGUUAGAAGAAGAAGACUUGUUCUUAAUUUCUGCACUCCUGAAUCCAUUUCUAGAUUUUUCAUUUCCUCCAUCCCCCUGGGAAUUUACUAAGCUCUCCACCUAACUCCUUGGUCUGUCAAGCAGCUGAUAAAUGUUCAAACUUACAGCACAAAAGAAAAAUCAGAAAAAUGAAGGAUGAAGGAUGAUGAUUCAUAGAGCUGCUUAUUGGGCUAUGAUUACUUGAAAUCAUACUUGGAUCUCCUUUGAUCUUCUUCAUUCUUGCACAAUCUCAAGAUAAAAAGAUGAGCAAGAGGGAGGAGAUGAACUUGGCCGAAACCAGACAUGUCGAUUGCUAAUCAUUUUACUCAAAGAAUUCGCCUUAAAAUGGCUGCUGGACGAUGCUCCAGGCCCCGGUUAAGGCGAGCGCCUCCCACAAAGUUUCUCUUUAUUCUCUUCCUUCUAAUUAUUACACCCAUUUGUGUGCUCACAAUCUAUACUCAUGGCCAAAACAUUUCUUACUUCUUUCGCCCGCUUUGGGACAACCCGCCUCCUUCGUUCACCCAUAUGCCUCAUUACUAUGCUGAGGAUGUGUCAAUAAACCAGCUCUGCAAGCUCCAUGGUUGGUCAAUUCGUUCCAAACCUCGUCGUAUCUUUGAUGCUAUAAUCUUUAGUCAUGAACUUGACUUGUUGGAACUGAGAUGGAAAGAACUCUACCCGUAUGUCACUAAAUUCAUCAUUCUUGAAUCUAAUACUACUUUCACUGGAAUUCCUAAACCUCUCUUCUUUGCUGAAAAUUUAGAUAGAUUUAAAUUCGCAAGGAAAAAGAUGGCGCAUAGUGUUUUCAUGGGUCCGAAAGCUGUUCCUGGGGUUCGAGAAGACCCAUUUGUGUUAGAAUCUGCACAACGUGGAGCUAUGAAUUAUUUGUUGCAGAAUGCAGGGAUUUCUGACGGUGAUCUACUUAUAAUGGCGGAUACAGAUGAGAUUCCAAGUGCACACACCAUGAAACUAUUGCAAUGGUGUGAUGGUAUACCACCUGUAAUGCACCUGGAAUUGAAGCACUUCAUGUACUCAUUCGAGUUCCCUGUUGAUUUCAGCAGUUGGCGUGCCACAGCUCAUGUAUACGGACCAGGAACACAUUACCGUCAUUCACGUCAGGCAGACGUUAUACUCUCAGAUGCAGGUUGGCAUUGUAGUUUCUGUUUUAGACGAAUCUCAGAAUUUGUUUUUAAGAUGACUGCAUACAGUCAUGCAGACCGUGUAAGGCGGUCGGAUUUUCUUGAUUUUGAUAGAAUUCAGAAGAUUAUUUGUCAAGGAAAUGAUUUGUUUGAUAUGUUACCAGAAGAAUAUACUUUUCAUGAAUUGAUUAAGAAGAUGGGUUCUAUUCCUAAGUCGAAUUCGGCUGUUCAUCUUCCUGGUUACCUUUUGAAUAAUGCAGAUAAGUUUAGAUUUCUUUUACCAGGUGGUUGUUUACGGCAGCCCGAGUGAUAAUUCAUCACUGAACGCAUAUUUGAUUCAAGUUUAUUUCCUCAACAUUUGAGGUAAAAGUUUCAUUUGUAUUCCUGUUUCUUUGUGUACAUAACAAUUUGAUUAUUUGGAAAGAAAUCAGAAAAAUGUGAAAUUAUUUCUGCAAGCAUGAAAA